AUGGCCAAGACAUCUACGAAGAAGAAUAAGGUCGAAACGGAUAGAUCUCGGCAAUUGCAACGAGAACAUUCUAGGGAAAGUAUGAGAAGGCUGCGUGAAAAAAUUAAAAACGAUCCAGUUUUGUAUGAGGAAUCAAAAAGGAAAGAAAAAGAGCGGUAUUUAGCUAGAAAGGUAACAGGAAAGAUUAAAAAAAUAGACCAAAUGAGUACCAGAGAAAAGAGAAAAACGAGAAAAGAGUGGAGAGCACGGAGUAAAAAGUCAUAUGAUAAAAAAAAAGGAGAUCAACAACUGGAAAGAGAUCUUCGAGAAAACACGCCACCUGCAUCUCCUAUUAUGUUUCAACCCAUAAUUCCCAUACCGGCUGGAUCUCAAGAAAACUUGUCCAGACAAGCUAUUCAAGGCAAACUUAUACAGAGACGUAAUAGAGAAUCGCUUAAAAAAGAAAUCAAAUUUCUAAGAGAACGACUACUUGAAAAAGAUAGAAAACUUGCCAAAUACAAAAAAAAGGUACAAAGAAUAAAAAAGAAACAGCCUGAUUCACCAAAUAAAAAAGUUACUAAUAUGUUAAAAGGUCAGCAGGUCACACCAGAAGUUAAGCGAAGUUUAGUAUUUUCUGAAGCCAUCCAACAGCAACUGAAAUCUAAUUUUAAACAAAAUAAAAGUCAUUUGGAUAAACGGAGUUUUACAUCAACCAUUUCAGGCGACAUUAUCAAGAAAUAUAGGUUUAAGUGUUUGUUGGGUUCAUCUACGUCUAGAAGACUGCUCCUUAAAAAUGGCAAAAACAAUGAUUUGUCUAAAAAAAGGCAAAAUGUUGCCCAAAAAGUAAAACAAGCUGUGAAAAAUUUUUUUGAGAAAGAUUUAAUAAGCCGCCUAUGUCCUGGCAAAAAGGACACCGUUACUUUUCAUAAGGUUAAAAAACAAAAAAGGUACCUAAACGGUACACUUUUUAGCACUUAUAUACAAUUUAAGAAGUUCCACCCGCUAAUAAAAAUCAGCUACCAAACAUUUUGCAAUUUUAGACCAUUUUGGGUUUUAAAACCAAAUGCCAGGCUUCGAGAUACGUGUUUGUGUAUGCUGCACGAUAAUAUGACACUAUUAACGGCUAAGGCAAAAACAUACGACCUAAUAGAAACUAAAGAUCCAGAAGAACUAUCAAGACAAAUCUGUUGUGACAAAAAAAAUGAUGACUGCAUUAACAGGUCAUGUCCGAUCUGUCAAAGCAAAUCCAUUAGGAUUAAUAAAUAUGAAAACAACGAUAUAGUAAGUUAUGAAAAAUGGUACUCAAAGAAGGUGGAAAUAGAGAUAAAAGGUAAAAAGAAAAUGUGUCAGAAAACAGUUAAAGAACCAGUUGAAUGUUCGAAACAAGAAAUGGUGGAUCACUUAAAAAAAUCGUUAACAAGAUUUAUGGUACAUUUAAGAAACAUUUCGCAUCAGUACAGCUCUGUAGAUACAAUUAAAAAAAGCCUGACUCUUAAUGAAGCACUUUUUCACAUUGAUUUUUCUGAGAAUUACAAUUGUAAAUAUGCUAAAGAAAUACAAUCAGCCCAUUUUGGAGGCUCAAAGCCACAGGUCACUUUACAUACAGUAGUGAUGUACUAUUUAUCGACUAACACAAAUGGCGAAGAAUUAGUCAAACCAAUGUCUUUGUGCACUUUUUCGGAUAAUAUGCGCCAUGACCCUGCGGCAAUUUGCGCCCAUCUAGAACCAGUAAUUAAAGAGGCUCUUGAAAUAGUUCCGAAGUUAAGAACUGCCUUUUUCCUAUCCGAUGGACCAUCAACGCAAUAUAAAAAUAAAAAGAUGUUUUUAUUAAUGGUUAACUUUCUUGCCAAAAAACUGGGUGUUCAAAGGUUACGUUGGAUAUUUAGCGAACCUGGCCAUGGUAAGGGGGCACCUGACGGCGUAGGUGGCUGUUUAAAAAGAACAGCUGACAAUUUGGUCAGCCAAGGCAUAGACAUUCCAAAUUUUGAGGUUCUUAUUUUAAACCUAAAAAAACACUGUAAAGGUAUAAAGUGUCUAACAAUUGAAAGUAGCAGAAUACAAGAUAUCGACGAAACUCUACCUUUAAGCCUAAAGCCUUUUAAAGGGACAAUGGCUAUCCGAGAGCUUACAUGGUCUGAAGGAGCGCAAAAUGUUCUCCAGGCAAGAAAACUUUGCUGCUUGAAAUGCAAUGAGUCUACUACUUGUAGCCAUUUUCCAUUGGGCUUGAUUCAAUUACCAUUACCAGUUGAAGAAGUAGUUCAGGGUUCAGGUUCGAGCUCUAGUUUACAAGUGCAAGUACUUAAAAAAGACAAAAAAUCUGAAACACUAGGAAGCAUCUCCCAACAAAUCGAGUCAUAUUUAAGGAUGUCCCUAAGGCCUCCGGCAGACCUCCGGUAUUUUAAGCCGGAGUCAGUAGCCCCGGUAAAAGAGCCGGAGUUAGCCGGAGUCAGUAGUGAAAGCAAUAAUAAUUCUAUAAGCGAGUUAAUAAUUGACACUAGAAUGGAGGAAGAAAUAAAAAUUGCUGAAGCUAUCAGCAAACUAAAAAUAAAAGGAGGAAACCUAGUAAAUGAGGUUGUUGAGUAUUCCAAAAAUUUUGUCGGUAAUUUAGUUAAGAGCAUUAGAACAUACAAAGAGUUUGACAAUGUUAAAAAAUUACUUGCUCUAGUUCAACCAACCCUGGCUGCAAUAAAAAAUAAUUCUAUGUUCCCUAAAGAAGACUUUUUAAUGCAAAAAAGAAAGGAAAUAGACUAA